ACAAUACUAAAUGAAGACAAACAGGCCAUGGUCUCCUUCUGAAGUAGUGAGAGCAGGAAGAAAAGCAAUAAGCGUCAAUAAAACGUAUAAAAGAAGGAUCUCAAUUAAUGAAGAUAUUAUUAAGACAAAGUUCAAACAUCAGGCUUUGAAAAAUGAGCUGAAAAGGAGAAACACAAGAAUGGUAGCACCUCUCUGUCAAUCUCCCGUUCAACCAAAACCAUACGUUCCAGUACCUAAAUAAAGAACCAAUAAAUGUGCAGGAGCAAUUGAAAAUUGGUGCUCUUCAACUAAAACAAGAGGUUGAUAGUUUACUCACACUUUACGGUGGAACUUUCAGCCCUCAAUUUUCUCCAACAAGAAGCCCCUUAAGUGAAAAUAAUAGUCGAGGAGGUAGGCUUAACCCAAGAUUUAUUUCUCCUGACCCUCAAGUAAACUCUACUCUCCAAGACCCAAUAGCCAAUAUGAAACAAAAAAGGAAUAGGGGCAGAAAUCCUCGUGCAAGUCAAAGGGCAGAUAUCAACCGCACCAUAUCCAAAAAUCUUAAUCCCAAAAUAAACUUGAACUCCCCUCUCAUGAAAGUUCCUGAAGAGCAAACCGGAAUGAACAGAACAAUUAUGACUAACAGAGAUUUCAAUUCUCCCACCAAACAAUUGAGCAAAGACCAAACAAUAAACACGAGUAAAGACAGAAGCAUUGAAACCUACGAUAAAUCUCUAAACGACCUUCAGCCUCCAAUGCUUGACCCUUCUCAGUUCCCCAGGAGGAAAUCUAAGUUCUUAAAAAUGCUGAAGAAAUAUACUGCUCAGAGAAGUCCCCAUCAAUUUAACGAGCCUAAGAGCCCAGCGAUCCAAAAGCUCGAGAAAGCUAAGGAAGAGUUGAAGAAGAUGACAUUAGAGACAAAGAACAAAGAAGCAUAUCUUAAUAAACUUAAGAGCAAGUUAGGCCAAUCUAAUGCAAAGAAGGUCUACAAAGUCAAGAAGCUUUCAGAAUUAGUAGAGAAUACCCAAAACAUGAACAAGAGAAAAGAUAGUAAACUCAAAAAGCUUACUACUAAGAGGCUUUAUAAUUCAUCCUCUGAUACAUGUUCUGAAGAUGCCAAAGAGCAACAGAAAAAUAAAGAGAAUGAAAUCAAGAUGAAAAAGACAAGAAAAGUAGUCACUGAUUUCUUCGUUCACAGAAAAUCCAGAAGUUCGAUAUUAAAUCAAGAUACCAGUAGGCAAAUUACUAAAGUGAAGCAACUCAAAAGAGGGUCUAUUAUAUUCGGAAGUAGCAAGAAGAAGCUCUCUCCCGAAGAACUGAGAAUACCUUCUAAAGGAGAUAAACUGAAGAAGCAUUCAAAAGUAUCUUCAAAAAGAGGAUCAACUGUUAAAAAUCUAAGGCAGUCAAAAUCUUCGAAUCAUGGCUAUGAAAUUCCAAUAAAAAAGCAGAAAUUACAUAUUGACAAGCCAAUGAAUUCUAAAAGUAAAGUGAAGCAAUCUAAAAAGGAACAGAGUAAGAAAAAUGUUAAGAACAAGAAUUCUCACCAGUCAAUGAAUGUCUCCCACAAAGGACAGCCUAUGGAAGGAAAUAUUUCUCCGAAUAUUAAUGGACAGAUAGAUGUAGAUGGGUCAGGAAUAUAUGCUUCCUCUGCAGUUCCCCAACCCCGGUUUAUUUCAAAUUAUCCAACAAAUACUAACUUUACCAUCACUUUGAAUAAUGAUGAAGGAAGUAUCUCAGAAGGAUCUAUUGAAGAUGAACUUAGUAGCGAAAUUGAGGAGCUUAAAGAAGAAAGGCCUGUUGAAGGAAGAUUAUCCAAAUUUCAUUCUCAAAUCCAAACUAAGAGCAAGAAUCAAGAGAAAAAGAAGAGGAAUUACAAAAGAAUGAGCAAGAACAGGAAAUUCCAAUCAAGGGAUUCUAAGACUUCAGGGUUCUCUAAGAUUGAAGUUGAGUAUGUCAUCAAUGACAUUGUCAAAUAGUUAAUUUAUAUAACAAAAAUUUGUAAUAAAUC